UUGACCCCCAGCGCAGGCAAUGCUCAGCUGUCUGUCGUCUGCGGUGAUAGUUGAGUGGUUUAAUGCAGGAACCACAGGUGAAAGAGGUCUGGGGUUCCAGGCAAGGUUGCAGCUCCACCCCAGUGGUCCCACCCCAGCAGGCAAGGGCGGGGCCGGAGGAUGCUGUGUCCGGGUUUCAUUCUAGACUAGAGGGACCCAGAGCCCAGACUCAGACCUGUCCCAGCUGCGUGUGGCGGCAACAUGGGCUCCAGACGGCUCAGGGCCAGAAGCCGGAGGAGCCGAGACAGCCCGGUGCCUACGCCUUGCGUUCAGACCCUGUGCUUCGAUCCUCUGGUGCGACACUGCGUGGCCUGUAAUCUCCUCCGCACGCCGGACCCUCAACAAGCCUUUGUCCCCUGGGCUCCCCGCCCUCCGUCUGCAUCCCCUCCGUCGGCAGCGAGCAGCCUGGCUCCCGGGACCGCUCUGCAGCCGCAGGAGUCGGUGGGCACGGGGCCGGACGUGGCGCUGCCGCUGCCCGGGCUGCUCUUCGGUGUUCCCGCGCUCCUGGGACUGGUGCUGGCGUUGGCCCUGGUGGCCCUGGUGAGCUGGAGGUGGCGGCAGCAGCACCGGAUGGCCUCCCCUGCCACUCCAGACGGAGUCCAGGAAGAGACCCUAGACAAUGUCUACGUGUCCUCCCCAGAGACCCUUCAGGCCUCAGCUCCUAGCUGGCCUCCCCUUAAAGAAGAGGCAGAUAGCACCCUGCCAGGCCACAGCAUCCCAGUGCCGGCCACGGAACUGGGCUCCACUGAGCUGGUGACCACGAAGACGGCGGGCCCUGAGCAAUAGCGGCAGUGGCGGGAACCCAGGGAGCCCCACCGGGCUUGUGGACUCUCACUCAAAGGUUUGGAAAAGGAAUUCAGC